AUGGACUAUGCAACUAUUACCAAACUCUACAAUGGGGUUGCGCCCAUUCCUGUUCCCUCUAAGUUGAGAGACUUGGAGAGCAGCAACCCGUACUACCGUCUCAUCCAUAUCCACCAUAUCCACCACACCACCAACCAGACCCUGGACUGCUCCGGCGUCAGCAGCUGUUUCAGCUCCAGCUCCCACAACUUCUUCCUCUCCAGCUGCGCCGUGAGCAACGUCAGCGUCAUGGACGAGCUUGUGGGUGAGGACUUCUCGUGCACGCUGUACACGAGGGACGUGGAGAAGAUGACGUGCUUCAAGGAAUGUGAGUUUUUAUUCAAGGGAGUGUACUCCACAUUAAACGACAAAGCUAUUAGAGCAAUCAUGCUGGUUAUCUCCCUUACUAUUCUCUGCCUGUGUCUGGUCGCCAUUGUCAAACUGCUGCACUCCCUUCUCCAAGGCCCCAUCGCUCUCAUCAUCAAAAAAUUCAUCAACGCGGACUUUCCCGGACCGCUGGGCUACCUCACCGGAUACCUCGCCAUCAUCAUCGGCGCCGGGUUGACCAUCAUCGUCCAGAGCUCCUCCAUCUUCACCUCCAUCCUCACCCCGCUCGUCGGCAUCGGGAUCAUUGAACUCGACCGAAUGUACCCUUUGACCCUGGGGUCAAACAUCGGCACCACGACCACGGCGAUUCUCACAGCCUUAGCCAACACGGACGGCCUCAGAAACGCGUUACAAGCAGCCUUCUGCCACCUCUUCUUCAACAUCACCGGCAUCCUCCUGUUUUACCCCAUCCCCUACCUCCGCUUCCCCAUCCCGCUUGCUAAAUUUCUAGGCAACUGCACGGCCGAGUACCGCUGGUUCGCCAUCGUCUACAUCAUCCUCAUGUUCUUCCUCUUCCCCGCCCUAGUCUUCGCUCUCUCCAUCCCGGGCUGGUACGUCCUCCUCGGCGUCCUCGGGCCUGUCUGCCUUCUCUUCAUCAUCAUCGGCGUCAUCAAAUGCCUGCAGGCUAAACGUCCCCAGAGCCUGCCCAGAAAGCUCCAAGACUGGAUGUUCCUACCCCAGCCGCUACGGUCUUUAGAACCCUAUGAUCGCGCAUGCAGAAAGUCUUCUUCUGCAAGCGAUUCCAGACAGACUCUACCGAGAAGACAGACACUGGUGCCACGUCAGACAGACAACCUAACGGAGAGUCCAGCACGCGACUUUAGUAUGACCACGUGA